AUGUUUGAUGGCGAAUUCGUGAAAUCUUCCCCCAUGACAAGAAGAGAAGAUCCAUCGUCUAAAUGCAAGACAUCAAAUCGUUCUGAGUCAGUCGGCCAGUACGUCAUGUCUCCAAACUCCUCCCUUAAGUACAACGAAUUCGUUUCCACCUGAGAAAUACAAUUUUCCUCGUUUGUUGUUUUCAGUGUUGAAGAUUUCACUCCCAACACAACUGCUCGCAGGAUAACCACAGUUAAACACGAUCUAAAUUUUGGUUAAGAUUACUUAAUCUUGCAAAUCUUGCAUUGUUGCAGUCAUGUUAUCGGGCAAUUUUGCAAGACUCCAAAUGUAAAUACAACGUGUAUUGCCUGAAAAGCUCGAGAAGCCUCGAAACUGUCAUAUUCCCCGCUGCUAUUCGUAAUUUAAACACUUUUCCGUCCCUAGUCAAAUCAAAGGUUUUAUUGCUUGCCAUGAUGUCGGCGAACGGACAGUCCGAAAGAGCGCGAAACUUUCACUUCCUUCGCAGACUACAGGCGAGCCAUUAGGGAGGGGGUGGUAUCAGAAAUUUACCCCCUCCCUCUCCCUCUCCCUCACCUUCAUUCUAUCCAUGUUUUACAGUAUGGUGUCUUAAAAGUCGAUAGAGCUACAUCACCCGCUCCAAUAUGCUCAAAUACGAAGUCUAAGAUCUUUUUAACUUCUUAGCUAACAUCCAAAGUCUGGCUGCUCGCUGAACUGAGGAAGACGCUCCAAAACGGCGCUGGGGGCAAAAAUUACCGUGGGAAUGAACCCCUCCCCCUCCCUCUUGGGUAGUUCUGUCAACAAUUUUCUGUGUUUUGGCCGAAAAACAAAAGUUGAAAUUGGAAUUAAUUUUCAAUUUUUAGACUUCCGCCGAAAACAGAAAAACUUAGCCAUGCCAUAGACUGCAACAUUGUUGGAAAAGUAAAAUUGCAGCUCAGUUUCAUUUUUUUCUUUAUUGUUGACAGGAUUAAUGUAAAAAUAUAAAAAGGAAAAAAAGUAAAAAAUUUUCGAUUUGGCACGCGUAUUAUUUAUGAUAAAAAAUAAAAAUAAAAAAUUGACAUCGAUUUUCAAUUUUUGAUUUUAAACGAAAACUGAAUAGACGAAUGACAGGCGGACCUAGAAAGGGGUUGCAGGGGAAGUUACCUUUUCUAAUUAAUUGUUCCCUCUUGCAUAAGGUGGUGGUGGAGGCGGAUUUUAUUACAGUGGAAAAAGUGGAAGGAAUUAUGGUGGAACCACGGGAAAAGGUGGAGAGGGCGGUAAGGGAUAUCUGGAUGGAGCGUUGGGUGGUGGAGCCACGAUUAAAGAUGUUGUGGGUGGGUUUGGUGGUGGUGGUGGCGGAGUACAUAAAUAUAGCCAAGGAGGAGGAGGAGGUGGGUACUCUGGUGGAAGAAGUGGAGCCAAUGCAAUGAAUUCCUGUGGCGGUGGGGGAAGAUCUUUCAAUGCUAGGAAAAAUCAGAUAAAUGAACGCUGUUGCAAGAUAUCCACGCAUGGUCAGGUAACUAUAACGUUUUUGUUGGAUUUUUGA